UACUACACUCCAUUGAAAUACGACGUUUAUCCGUUCCCCGUUGGGUGCAGAAUGGUACGGAGGACUAUGUGGUCCUUGAUUGCGAUUACACUUACGACGAGAAUGAUUUAAGAAUCGUUGUCAAGUGGUUCUUUGAAGACAAUCUCGAGCCAGUUUAUCAAUGGAUUCCAGAGCUGGACCGAAGACACAUAUCGGGGGUUCUCAUCAAUCGACCUGACCUCAGUUUUGAAGUUAAUACCACCGAUGCUUAUUCAAGGUUCAGAGCGGUCAAACUAAAGCCAUCCACUGAGCUCAGUGGCAAAUAUACUUGCCAGGUGUCUUCACUGGCUAGCAAGGAUUCUAAAGAACAAUUUAUGACAGUAUUCGUUCCUGCUGACGAAUUCGAGCUGUCGUACAGGGAACUGAGCGAUUCGUCUGUGAAUGUGACCUGUGAAGCAUUAGGACUGUUUCCAAAACCUGUAUUAAAGUUAUACCUUGGAUCGUCGAACGGAAGCCCUCCGCAAGCAGUUUCCGACGUCAUAACUGUUUCCAUAUCCAAACCUUCAGGUGCCUAUGACGCUUAUUUGUACAGGACGUUCAGUGCCAGUGAACUUUCUAAAAACGGAGCCUCAGUCUUUGAGUGCUUGCUUGAACUUCCCGGCACCAAUUACGCGAAAGCAAAAAAGAAUCGCAUAUUACCCUGGCGAGUCCAUAGGAUCGCAAGGUCAGCUUCGAUGAACUUCUGUGGGCUGAACUUCUUUCCAAUGAAUAAGUAAAUUAAUGAAUAAAAAGCUUAUUUCAAAUCAUA